AUGCCGAUCGCGACAAUUCUCAACGUCGCCAUGCACCCGCCAGCGCCGACGCAGACCACCUCCCCAACAGCAGCGAGCCCACCCGCCUCGACGCGCCCUCCCCCACUGAGCCUGCCCGCUCGCGACCCGGCAGCCAGCACCUUCUCCCACCUCUUCGCGACAGGCAAGGCCUACCUGACAUUCUACAAGACGGGCUUGAAGCAAAUCUACAUCAACACCCGACUAGUAUGGUCCCUCAGCUCAGCCUCGGGCAUCCCAACCGACACACCAGCGCCCGCAGGCCAGCCCGCCGAGCCCCCGACGCUCCGACCGGCCGCGACGACGCGCUCCACGGAGCUCCUCAAGAGGCGCUGGCGCCACGACAUAAGGCGCCUUCCGCUAUUCGCGCUGAUGUUCAUCGUCUGCGGCGAAUUCACCCCCCUCGUCGUCCUCGCCCUCCCCAGCGUCGUGCCCCUGACGUGCCGGAUCCCGCGGCAGAUCGAGAAGCUGCGCCAGGCGGCUGAGUCGCGGCGGCGGGCCUCGUCCGCGCGGAUACAAGACAAGAUGCAAAGUGCCAGUAGAGGCAGUAAUAGCACUGAUGGCUCCGCCCUCUCCCACGCCGAGGUCACCGCCCACGUCGCGCGCUCGCUGAACCUCAUCUCGCCCCUGUGGGACCGCCUGCCCCUUCCGGACAGCGCCGUCGCGGUUCUCGCCUCGCGCAGGGUGCGCGCCCACGUCGCGUACCUGGACCGCGACGGGCACCUCCUCUCCCAGGCGGGGGGCGUGCCCGCGCUCGAGGACGACGAGGUCGCGCUGGCCUGCGAGGACCGCGGCCUGCCCGUCGUGGGCAGGUCGGCCGCGGAGCUGCGGAAGUCGCUGGGGCGGUGGGUGGCCCUGGCCGGCGGGGAGGUCGGUGAUGGUGAUGCCGGGGGCCCUUGGAGCCCUGCGGCGGUGGCCCGGAGGGAGGCGCUUGUGGUGUCGUUGCUCGCGGCGCAGAAGUGGCCGCUGAAGAAGCAUGAGCUUGAGGCACUGGCCAGCAAGAUACAAUGGUAG